GUACAUUUUCGAAAAGAUGUUUGAUGUUAUUUCAAAGACGUCACGAUUAGGUAUUGAAGAAACGAUAUGCACAUGUGUCGAUUCGUUUUUGUUCGUAAGAAUUGAAUGAAACAUUUUCGGCCGACUGUGUUUACGUAAAUGUAAAAGUGUAGGAAUCUGGAAGAUGGUGAGAUUUUGUUCCUAGAAGCUUUCAGUGUUCGUCGGAUGAAACGGAAAGGUGGAUGUGAUAUGUGUAAUAACCGAUGGCAAGUCUAGCAGCGUCUAUUGUUUAUCAAUAUUUACGCGGUGCGUGAAUACCGUUUGAUCGGCGGCCAAAAGGUAAUUUGGAAAAGAAGAAAUUGUAUCUUUACAUCUCUUUCUACCAUCGUCCCACGGCAGAAUAUAACUAAUAAACUAAACAAAAUAAGACGAGGAGUAAAAGGAGAGGAAGAACAAAUCGAGCAAAGUGAACUAAUUUCCUAUUACGUAAAAACUGGGGAAACCGCAAAUGUUGGUGGAGAGGUGGUGGGGCCUGGAAGGAAACGGGGUUUUUAAGGAAGGUUUUGCUGAGCGAGUGAGUGGGGGAGGGGGGUUUCUGAUUCGGAGGUGGGGCAAUAAAAUCUAAACUUUAUAUAAGUAAUCUCAGUUUGAACAAAACCAGACAGCCUUGUUUAAAAUAAAAAAUCAACCGCCACUGGAUUUAAAAUAAUCAAAUAAUUUUAGUAUAAAUAAACAUUGGAUCGAACUUAAUCUUCCAGUCCGGAGUGGUUCUCGUCGCUGGUUCUGCUCUCAGCGCGCGCGUCUGUGAAGCUCUCGAGGAGAUGGUGCGGUGGUCGUCUUCGUACCUUUCGGUGUUUCUGGCGUUGUUGGUGAUGCUUGUGCUUCAGACUGCUGCGAUCGGAAGACCGAGGUUGGGCUCGAAGAGACCCGCCAGACCGCUGGUGAUGAACGAGAUCAGCGAAUCGGCGCCCGACAACCUUGUGCUAGCCAAGAUGCCCGCAAUCGUCAACUCCGAUAAGUACUUCAAUAUCAAGUCGACGAAGAGGCGCCUCAAAGCCAACGUUAACCCAAUCAGUGAAGACUGCAAAUCGCAGACGUUCAAGGAAGAGCUCAACUUGCUUCGAAGUAAGGUCAAGUGCAAACCCAGGCUGGUCGUCGUACAUCUGGAGAGCACCACCACAAGCACGUUGAUGCCGAACUCGGUGCUGGUGAAGAGGUGCGACGGUAUGUGCUCCAGCACCCACAAGUGCAUUGCCAAUGUCACCAGAGAUCAGAUAUUCUAUGUGCGCGAAAUCAAGAACAACCUCGUCUCGUGCUCAUCCGUUAUCGUCUCUGAGGACGUAAGCUGCACCUGCGACUGCCCACAGCGCGCCACCGACUGCAAGGUCAACCAGGACUACGACAAGGACAGGUGCAGGUGCAUCUGCAAGAACGAAAAAGACUAUGAGAAGUGUCACGAUAAACGAAAGAAACGAAACAUGUACUACUGGGAUGACAAGGAAUGCUCGUGUUUUUGCUUGAAGGAGAAAGUUUGUACGACGGGCACCGUCUGGAACAGGAAACAUUGCAGAUGCAUCUCCGAGAGCCAACCGUAACAUACAGUUAUUAUUAUUAUUAAACAUUUUCGAUAACAUUAGAACUAAUAAAUUAU